AUGAGUACAUCAUACUCAUUUACGGGUCCUCUCGGAGGGCAAACUCACUUUGUUCGGCCGGAAGCAGGGCUCAUCGCUAAUGACUGUGCGAAGAGCGAAUCUGUCGAGAAAUCUCGGAAAGGCAACUUGGACGGGGUGGUGGAAGAUCUCGAUGCCAACAUGAGGAGCGAGGAGAUACCAGAAGAUGGGGAACCCGCUAGGCGCCCACUCUCUAUCAUGAGUAUCGCUAUAUGCAAGGAAGCAAUGGAGAUCCUCGCUCCCAUACACUAUUUGAUAUGCUUUGUUGUCCUACGUUCCGUGAAUCCGAAGCUCCACGACACCUUCUGGGAUAUGACUGACGAGGAGUUUAUGCGUGGUAUUCGGAGAUUGUUGGUCGAUAUCGUGGCUGAAGUUGGUGUUUUCAUGCUACUCGUAGUCGCCAUGAAGCGGUGGUACCAGGAAUCUGCCAUAUCCAUCUUCCUUCGAUUAAUGUAUCGCUUCUUUUGGCCUUUCAUCUCUGUCCAGAUUGCUUUGAUGUCUUUCUAUAUAGUCCUCCAAUAUUCGAAUGCUGGUAUGACGGUUCCAUUCGACUUUAAGUGGAUAGGCCAGGAAAACGUGACAUGGCAUGGUGGGAACUGCUAUACUGUCGGCAAUGAAACAAUCGAUGAAGUUUGCUGA